AUGGUGAUAGAUUCUCGUGUUUUCAUUGGUAUAACAAUAAUCCUUAUAAUCUCAGGAUCACUACUAGUUUCAGGGCAAGGAACGUGCCAAGGAGACAUCCAAGGUCUAAUGAAAGAAUGCGCGGUCUAUGUGCAGCGUCCAGGCCCAAAGAUAAACCCAUCCGCAGCGUGUUGCGGAGUUGUUAAAAGAUCAGACAUAGGUUGCGCAUGUAGCCGUAUCACAGCCUCAGUCCAGAAAAUAAUAGACAUGGAUAAGGUUGUUCAUGUCACUGCCUUUUGUGGGAAGCCUCUUGCUCAUGGUUCCAAGUGUGGAAGUUACGUUGUGCCAUGA